GGGGGUGAAGGGGAUCCCUACGCGCGGGCGCGAGCACGCCGCCCUCCCUGUCGUAGUCAAUACGACCGCUCUGGCUGGUCCUGGGGGCGGGGCUGUAGGGGAAAGUAACAAAGUCGCUAAGUGAAGUGAGAAUUCUACUAGAGAGGAAAUGGCUGCCUCUUCAUCAUCAUCCUCAGCUGGUGGAGUCAGUGGAAGUUCUGUCACUGGAUCUGGUUUCAGUGUGUCAGACCUUGCCCCACCACGGAAAGCCCUUUUCACCUACCCCAAAGGAGCUGGAGAGAUGUUAGAAGAUGGCUCUGAGAGAUUCCUCUGUGAAUCCGUUUUCAGCUAUCAAGUAGCAUCUACACUUAAACAGGUGAAACAUGAUCAGCAAGUUGCGCGGAUGGAAAAACUAGCUGGUUUGGUGGAAGAGCUGGAGGCAGAUGAAUGGCGGUUUAAACCCAUUGAGCAGCUGCUGGGGUUCACACCCUCUUCUGGUUGACCUUGCCUGGCUGGGUCCCUCUGGUGCACAGCAAGUGCAGGGCCAGCGAGGGACUGUUCUUAUGCUUUCAUCGCCAUCCUGAGAUUCAUAGCUCCAUCAUUGAAUUGUUCAUUCACAUCAUACUUGGCUUUUCUGUACCUGUCCCCAAGCAACAAAUAUUUAAAUGUGUGAUCUCCCAGGGAAAAUUUUUGUUUAUUUAUUUUUAAAAAAUACUGAGAAUCAGAUUAGGACAAUCAACUUCAGAAGCCAGGAGUUUGGGUUAAGAGAUAUUUAUAAAACUUCACAUGCCAGGUAAGACACAUGCCAGAACUGAUCAGUUGAAUGGCAUCUCUCCUAUUACUCAUUUAGUGUCUGGAAUCCUCACCAGUCAAGUCCAAGGUCAUCAUCUGGAGUUGUAAAAUACAGAAUUCCUGACCUAAAACAGUUCUUUUGGCAGAUGAAGGGGAUUUCAACUCAGGACCUGUCCAAAUGAAUUUUUUAAUGUUUGGGGUUGAGGGUUCUUUCUAUUCCGAGACAUCUAAUUCUAUAGAUUAUAACUUUUUCUAAUCUCUAUUAGACAUGCCAGAUACUGGGAAAAGGAAUUGCUUUUUGAAUGUUGAAGCACUUGUGAAAAUAAAGCAGUGGGCAAAAUCCUUUUAAACACAGAAAUCCUGAGUUCAUUUCUUUGGUGGGCUCAAGCAAUUCUGUAGCAAAUAAAUCCUUUGAAAGAGCUCCAAACUGGUUUCUUUAUCCUUUCAAAGUCUCAGGGAUUUAGGGUAGAAGGAAGAGGUCAAAUUACUUUUUAUAAGAACAGAAUCUAAAAGCCAUUUCUCCUAAGCAAAUGGUAGAUUUGCUUUACCUCAGGGGUGUUUGUCUUUACAGAAGUAUAUGAAUUUAUCUUAUCAAUAUUUGAGUAGGUUUAAUACCGUGAAAGCUAAGAAUUGUCCUUUGUCCUCCCUCAUGGGUCCACACUGCAGUUAGGAGAAUCAUUUAUUAGCUUGUCUGCAAGUUUUGCCUCAGACAACAUUUGCCUUUCUCCUCAUUAAUAACUUGCACCUGACCUGCUUAGAGUUGCUUAAUUAUAAAUAAAUAUAAUCCCGACAGCAAUUGCCCUUAAUCUUAGGAGUUCAAAAUAUUUAACAUGUACUACCUGACAGGGAGUUGGUGACCUCAUUGUAUUGGUAAAGAAUCAGAGCACAUGGAAAGUAAAGGCCUACACAUGAUCACAUCUCCCAGGCAGAAGAAAAUCUUGGACCUUGGAAUAGAAUGCAGUUGAUUGUUAUUUCAGCUUACUGUAUUCUUGUCUCUAAAGCAAAUCAUAACAUAAAAAUGAGCCCAGACUCACCUAUCCCAUAUUAAUAUUUCUCAAGCUAAACAAGUUCCAUAUAUGUACCUUUUGACAUUAACCCUCUUAAUGUUCACCAAAGGAAAAAUGGAAAAAUAGCUAGACACCAGUAAACCAAAUUUUCAGUGACAGUUUAGACGUAAUCACAAACUUUCUUUCAUUUGUUUCAUUUGUAUAGCUAUAUAACACAGAGACUAUAUUACUGCAUCUUUACCCUUUGGUGUUUGGAUUUAUUAUAGAAUUUUUUUCUGUUUUUAUUUUUUUAAAGAUUUAUUUAGGCAUAUAAGAACUGGGGUACAGGCCAGAGGUGUGGGGGUGAGAGGAUUCACCAGAGACAGAGUAGAAUAGAACAGGCAGAUUGACUGAAAUACACUGCUGAGGGGACAGUGGGUGAGUCAGGAGAAGUCUGCUACGCCAUGUGGGUAGCUCCCUGGCCAGGGAUUGAACUCGUGCUGCGGUGGCUAUGAAUAGCUACAUAGGUUGCAUCUUAACCCCUUGCACCACCAGGGAGGCCCAAUAUUUUUUUCUUUAUAUUGGACAUUUUUCUUAAUAGCUUAGCAUUGACGACAUCCCAGGAUUGAACAGAAAUGCUUUCUAAAGUAACUCUCACCAUGAUUAUUAGCUGCUACUUAAGUUCCCCACAAUCAAGACCCUCACUAUGUUUUAUAGGAUGUCUGCUCCCUCUCUGUACCUUUUUGUUUAUCAUUAUGUCUCAUCAUCCCUAACUCUUAUUAGCAAGCUUUGGGCUUGAAGAUGGACCUUGUUGCUCGUCUGUCAUCUCCUAUGCACUUAAUUAUUUGUCACUCACAGGCAUUAAUUAUCCUGUCAGUAAUGCUGCGACAUAUGUAAUACCCCCUAAUACAGAAGAGGAACUUGAAACUCAGAGCGAGCAUUAUUUGCCAAAGCUUCAUAGCUAAGUAAAUGUCUAAGUCUAGAUUUGAACUCAAAAUCUGACAAACUCCAAAGCUAAUGUUAUUUGAGCCACACCAUGUUUUAUCCCACUGAACCAAACCCAGUGCCUUAAAUAAAGCAGAAUCCUAAAACCUUUUUAUUAAAUAAUAAAAUGAAUUGGGAGCCUCCCUGGUGGUGCAAGGGGUUAAGUCUCAGCACUGUGAAGGAAUCCACAGCUGCUGAAGCACGAGUUUGAGCCCCAGAGCCCCGGCCAGGUAGAUAACCCCCACGGUGCUGCAGACCUCUCCUGUCUCGCCCUCUUCUCCCCUCAAUAGUGUAUUUCAGUCAAUCUGCCAGUUCUGCUCCCCACUCUGUCUCUGGUGAAUCCUCUCACUCCCACACCCCACGCCUCUGGCCUGUAUCCCAGCUCUUGUAUGCAUAAAUAAAUAAAAUCUUUUUUAAAAUUUUUGAAAAAAUGAAUUGGGCCUCCCUGGUGGUGUAGGAGUUAAGUCUCAGCACUACUGUUAUUGCUGUGGCCUGAGUUUGAUCUCUGGCCAGGGAGCUAACCCACAUAUGGUGCAGCAUACCCCUGCUGUCUUGCCUUCUGCUCCCCUUAGCAGUGUAUUUCAGUAGAUCUGCCAGUUCUGCUCCCCACUCUGUCUUAGGUGAAUACUCACCACCCACACCUCUGGCCUACACCCCAGUUCUUCUAUGCAUAAAUAAAUAAAUAAACCUUUUGAAAAAUGAUAAAAUGAAUUAACUGCCUUUAUCCUUCCAAUGCUUGCUGA